ACAAAAUAUUUUAUUCCUUAUUGAUCUAAUGGUGAAAAAGGCCAUGGCUGAAUGUCCCUGUCAAUACAUUCUGUGUCAAGAGACAUGACUUUGAUUAUCAUUAAAUGAACAUGUUCACGGGAUCUCUGAACGAAACAAUAUAAAGAAUUCAUUUAUCGACCGUAAAAUGUUUUCUAAAUAUUAUGUUUGUUAAUAAAUAGGUUUGACUUCCUAUGACGUUAACUGGAUAUAUUAAAACUUUCAUCAAACAUUGGAAUAAUUGAUGUCAAUACAGGACGGGGGCUAACAUCGUCUUACUGUGCUAGUGGAAGUAAUGCAAAUCUGAUGUUACAGGAAAUUACAGUCUUGUUUAUAGAUUGAUUUUAGUAUAAAAGAGACAAUUGGACUAUUGCAUGAAGGGGAUAUCGCAAAUUGGAGUUAUUGGUUUCACAUUAUAGUAAUCUGAUUUUAGAACAAUUUAGAAAUUAAUUCAAAAGGAAAGUAAGAGAUUUUCAUUGGAUAGAAUAAAUCCUCUAGCACUUUCAGACAAUGCAGUGUAAUGUCAAUAUUUUAUUUAGAUUAUGAAGUGAUUUAAAGAGUUUUCGUUACUGUGGAUAUUUUAUUUUAUGGACUUUAUUGUGCAAUAAAUCUACCAAAGUUAUAAACAUGAGUGAUACAGUAAGUCAGGAAAUUUCCAAGGACUAUGAAAAAGCAACAAACCCAAAUCUACCAAGGCCGCCUCCCCCCAUCGUUGGCAAGGUGACCCACCACAGUAUCGAGCUCUAUUGGGAUGAAGCCCUCGAAAAAAUCCUACACAUGUGUGACAAGGGUGAAGGUCGUGUGAGAGUCUGCCUACAGGAACAUGACAAGCACGGGGAAUGGGGAAAUCUAUACUCUGGAUAUGCCAAGCGCCAUACUGUAUCUGGGCUGGACCCACAGAGUGAGUACAAGUACCGGAUGCGGAUGAUGAACAGCGCCGGUCACAGCGAGUGGAGCGCGCAUGUCAAAGUUUCCUCCACAAAGGAGCCAAUGACGGGUGAGCAUCUUCACCGAGCUCUCAACCGCCAGGACCAUGAACUCAUGGAGACAGUAUUGCAGUCAGGUGAUGUGAAGAUUGAUGUUCCAGACAAAUAUGGCUUCUCCCCACUGAUGCAGGCGUCAGUGAAAGGUUACGUCAGUUCCGUUGAGCUGCUCUUGAAAUAUGGUGCUGAUGUUCAUCUGAAGAACGAUGCUGGAAAAACUGCGUUAAUGCUAGCGUGUUAUUCGGGCCAGCUAGACUCAAUUAAGGUUCUUCGAGCGAAUGGAGCACGUUAUAAUGAUUUUGAUCGAGGCGGGUCAGCACCGAUUCACUGGGCGGUUGAUGGAGGGAAUGUCAAGUUGCUUGAUUGGAUGAUUCAAGACGGUGCCGACGUCAAUCUACGGGAUCUGAACUGUGGAUGGACACCUCUUAUACGAUGUGCAUCAGUUUCUGGUCACCGGGAUAUUGGGUUAUCGUUACUGCAAGCGGGUGCAGAUAUCAAUGCCCAGGAUAAAGACAGCAAGUCAGCUCUUAUGAUCGCCAUCAUCAAUGGUCACCAGGCCCUGCUUGAGGUCCUUCUGAAGAAAAACGCAAACAUCAAGUUAAAAAAUGAGUUUGGCAAAACGGCAUUUGACAUGGCAGUUUCAAUGGAGAAGAGGAGAAUCUUGAAGACACUAACAGACCACAUGGAAGCAAAAGGAAUAAAGACGUAUUGACCCCAUCCACCAAGUUACCAUGGCAACAAGGGACUAACACAAACCACCCUGCAAUAUUCAGUCAACACAUCUCAUUUCAUGUGAUCUGCUGCAAAACUACAAUUCUGUGGAACUUGCUAUUAACUAUAUGAUUCAGUUACUUUUAUGAGGAAAGUUUUUUAGAAACCCCAAAGUUGACAGUCUUUUGCAGACUUUGUUGUUUAGUUCAUUCUUUUCAGCAGUCGUCAAUCUGUGAUAUAUUUAUCAUGACCAGCACCAAUAUCAAUUUUUUCACAGUAUCGCAUGGUUAAGAUAUUUAAUGGUUUUCAUUUUGAAUUCUGCAAUUUACAAGUAACAUUUCAUACCAUAACAUAUUUGGCUGUGGUCUCAGCUAUGAAAAUAAUGUUAUCAAAGAAAAAAAAUUGCAAAUGAACUUACAAAAAUGCUUGUCAAUCAGUUAAACGAAGUACAUUAAUAUUGCAAUUGAGCAUUGUUGAUGAGGUCAUGUUAUACCGCCUAAACUAGUAAGUACGGUCACAUAUAACAUUCCAAAGAGCAUUAAAGUUGUGUUUGUGAAGUUACAGGUCUGCCUGUCCUGGGCUGUCAUAUCAGUGGCACACCAAAAUGCCUUUAGAUUUUAGAUUCAGCGCCCUCUGAGGGUUUUUCCCUGCUACUUAUACAUCCAUUACUCGUUUUUUGAUGUUUACAAAAUAAAAUCAUUGUGGAUUUCAUACCCUGGAACCACUAUUUCUAUUUGCAAACUAGUAUUUCUGAAACUCAGUGAACUAUGAAUUUGUCCAGAAAAAAGAUGUUGAACUUAAAACCAUUGAAAAAAUAGUUAUGUUAAGACGCAAGGGUCUGAUUAUAACAUGUGUUUUUAGAUAUGCAAUUUUUAAAUGUUGUAAAUGAGCUAUUUGGUUCUCAGUUAUUCAUUUCACCGAGGUUUCUGUACCAUGUUCAAAAUAUGUUGUCCUCUUUUUACAAGACUAUUUUUUUCAUCCUCAAGUGCUAUUGUAAAUACUGCUUGUCAAGGUUACUUUCAGUGAUUUAUAAUCGUUAAUUUGAUUUAUUCUCCAUAGAUUGAAUGAAGAGAGAUCAUUUAUUGGUUCAAAAAUGAUUAAGGCAAUUUAAACUUCCACUGUUUAUCAUCUUAAAACUAUGUUAAGCAGCUCUAAAUAACUUUAAGAAAAAACAACAACCUUGAGUUGUAUCUGGGCGUUUUUGUUGGUUAUAAACGGGUUUCAGUUUUAUAUCGGUUUCAUGAACUGUGCAUUUGUUGUUACAGUUUCAAAUAAAAGCAAAACCAGUUUUAUCAUUUUUUUUAAUGAAAACCGAAACCCGUUUUUCGAAACUAUCGAAACCCCUACCGGAGGCGGUUUUAUCGGUUUGUUCUAUCCAAAAACUAGUUUACUUUGAAACCAACAUGGCGGAAAGUGAUCAACCACGUUUGUUGAAACUCAAUCCUUUUGAUAGCAAUGCCUAACAAUGGGCAAAUAAGCUAAAUGAAUUGAUAAAGGUUAUAUUUAUAAUUAGAAAUACUGGCUACAUGCAGUAGCUCUACCGUGUUGUUUAAACUGUACACAAAACCAUGCAUUUGUUACUUCAAGCCAAACUAUCAAAACCGAGUUCGAAACUGCUGAAACCAUUGACACCAAAACUGAAACUGGUUUGGUAUCAACAAAAACGCCCUCUGUAUUGUGUCCACAAUCAAUAUUGGAAAUUAAAAUAAAGUGAAUGAACCUUUGUCAGAAUGCAAGGUGCUUGUACACCAUUGAUGAAUGAAUGAGAUUUCAUCUGAAGGCUGAUUGGUCUGAACAUCACAUACUACACGCUAACUGAUGUUUCUUAUCAUUAUUGGACAUUUGUGGUUAGCUCAUACAUGUUCAUGUGUUGAAAUCAGAAUCAUAUAACAUAGAUAUCUGUCAACAAAUUCAAUGUUAAAGUCUUCUUAAUUUAAGUGUGUUAAGGAGUGUUUUGAUUGUUGUUUUAAUAGAGUUAUGAUUGCCUACAUUCCACUGUAUGAGAUUUCAUAUUUGUUUUAUUACCAUACAAAAGUGUUCUUUACCUUUUACUACCACUAUGACAUGAAUCUGUCUGUAUAGAGAUAUGUACAUGUUUUGUAUGUGUAUAUGAAUGUACAUGUAUGUUAGUGUCUCUUUGUCUGAAUUCAUCUAUGUAAUGUUCAAAGUUUACCUGUGGAUGAUAAACAUGCAAAUUUACAUGUAGAAGAAUGUCUGAUUGUGGCAUUGUGUUUUUUUCUUCAUUUGUUGAAUGCCUAAUACUGUUAAAAUAUCAUGGCCCCAAUUUCUCAAUCUUAAAAAAGGAUCAAGCUUAGAGCUGACUUAUUUUGAUCUGGUAAAGUUGUAAAAUUUUCACCUUUUAAGGAGUUUCUAGACGUUCAUGGUAAAUUAUUUUUAUAAAGUCAUGAUAAAAUUUUUGUUUAUAGAAUCAAGUAGGUAAUUUGACUAACUGAAAUAUUAUACCGAAACAUGUUACAAGUAAGAUAUUCCAGAAAUUGGGGCCAGUGUUUUAUCAAAGAAAUGUUGUUGUUUUUCCAAAUUUGAUUUAUAAUAAUAAGUUGUCACUUUGUCCAAUAGUUUCUGUGAUAAAUGAUUUCAAUGUUUAAUUCCGUCCAUAACUUUAUACCAGUAUUGAUGGCCAAUAUUUAGUGUGACAUCUGAAGUUAAGUUUGAACUUUAAAUUGUUCUAUUUAUUUUUAUUUUGUACAAAUUCAUCCUGAAUGCAUAAAAGGGAAGUAACUGCAGUUUAAUUUUGUAUUUACUUUUUAAGGAUGUUCAAGUAAUAUAUUUAUUAAUUAAAAUGAAGCAAACUUGACUCAAUUUCAUAAUGGUCUGAUGUCAUUAAUUGUUUAGAUAACAUUUUAACAUAAAACAAGUUCUAGAAAAAUCAGAAUGAAAGAAAAAACACUGACAUUGUGAAGUGUUAACUUGACAUUUAUAGCAAGGUGAUUUUACCAUAACUUCUAUCUCGUAAUGACUAGAACCACUGUCCAAUGUUGUGGCUAUUUGUUAACAAGUGCCAACCUUUACAGAUCUAGAAUUGAUGUCAGAUUCUUUCAGAAACUUAUUGACAUUGUUUGAGUUUUAUUUUAUCAAUAAAGAAUCUUUCCGAUUUCUUAAUGCAUAUUUUUCAUUGUUAGAUAUUUUAAAUGGUUGAUUAAUACGGAAAAUAAAUUUGUACUAGUUCA